AUGCGUAUAAAAGUUACGAUAUACACUAUCUUUCAGUUGGCAACCUUAUUGAUAUACUAUAACGAAAAUGUUAUUCCAGCCGUUCUAGGAUCAUGCCCGGAAACUAAGGAUAAUCAGGAUAAAACUUGCGGAAGGAGUCUUAGGAGACCCCUGAAUCCUAGAUGCCAUCUUAUAUAUCAACAUAUCGUCAAGGGACUAGUGUCACGUGCUGAUUCCUGGCCUUGGAUGGUAACGAUCAUAACCAUUUCCUGGCAUAAUGGCAGUUACUAUAAAGGACUGUGUGGUGGGGUUAUAAUCAGCCCAUUUUAUGUAUUAACCGCUGCCCAUUGUUUCGAUAAAAAUCCCAAGUUUGACGGCGUGACCGUCAGAAGCGAGCGCCGUAUAACGAAUGACAAAUUCAAGACAAAGAGCGUUUACAAUUACACUAGACAUCCUUUAUACGCGAAAAGAUUACCCAAUCACGAUUUGGCUCUGAUAAGGAUCCACGAGGAAUUCCAAAUUGCGGAAGAUCACUCCAUCAACAGAGUCUGUUUGCCUAGCACUAAAGAUGAAAGCGUAUACGCCAAUUCCAACUGUUAUGUUAUGGGAUGGGGGCAAUACGAAGCGACUAAGGCAGAAACAUCGGUCACCCUAAGGGAAACGUGCAUGAAGUACGUGGACAGGGGAAAAUGCUCCGAGAUCGAAACUCUUAGUAAAAAUAUGAAGAAUAUUAUCAAGAGGUCGCCCAUAUUUUGCGGAAUGCCCGUUAAUGAUCAGGACGGCUUUAACGGUCUUUGCGGUGAAGGUGAUUCUGGAGGUCCAAUGGUUUGUGAAAAAAAUCAUACCUACACUCUAUAUGGAAUCAUAUCGAAAGGGAUCUCGGACAUUUGCAUCUUUUGUGAUGUUAGGCGAAAUUUGGAUUGGAUUACAUCAUCCACAUUGGCACAGGGUUAA